GGCUAUUAUGCUAUAUCUUGUAUUCAACAAUGGCACAAAAGGAAACUGAAUCCGAUACGUUCAGAAUACUGUUAUCUACAGACAACCACUUGGGUUUUGCUGAGAAGGAUGGGAUUCGUGGUCCUGAUUCGUUUAGAACCUUUGAAGAAAUCCUUUCUCUGGCAAAGACUCAAAAAGUGGACUUCCUCUUUUUUGGUGGUGACAUUUUCCACGACAAUCGGCCGUCUAUGAGGACCCUUCAUGAAACUAUACGUUUGCUCCGUGAAUACUGUCUUGGGGAUAAGCCCGUAGAGUUCGAAAUGCUUAGCGAUAUGGCGACUUCAUUUUCAAACACAGCAUUCAAGAACGUCAACUAUUUGGAUGAAAACAUCAAUGUAGGAAUUCCAGUUUUUGCUAUCCAUGGCAAUCACGAUGAUCCCAAUGGUCCCGGUGGCGUCUCUGCAAUCGACAUACUUCAUGCCGCAGGUCUGGUGAAUCUUAUUGGGAAGAACACCUCAGUUGAGCGUAUCUGUCUCAGUCCCCUGCUAUUCCGUAAGGGAUCAACAAGCUUGGCACUGUAUGGCUUGGGUGCGAUGCGAGAAGAGCGGGUUCAUCGCCUGUUUGCCAACAACAUGGUUACCUUCUGUCGUCCCACAGAAGGAGCGGAUGAUUGGUUCUCUAUUUGUGCGGUUCAUCAAAACCGUGCUCAUCACGGUCCCACUAACUAUCUUCCUGAACAGUUUCUGCCUGAUUUUCUCGAUUUGGUCAUUUGGGGUCACGAGCACGAGUGUCGUGUGGAGCCAGAAUGGAACAGCACUCAAAACUUCUUCGUUGUACAACCCGGAAGUUCGGUUGUUACUGCCCUAUCACAAGGCGAAGCGCAGCCCAAGGCGGUUGCACUCCUUGAAGUAAGAGGUAAGGAGUUCAAGGUUACUCGGAUCCCUCUACGAACCGUGCGCCCCUUCAUUUUUCAAGACGUUGUCCUCGAAAAGGAAAUGAUGGGAGGCUCAUCUGCACUCGGCCAAUCGGAGGAGGUGGAAUCAGUUUGUGCACGAAUUAUCGAAGACAGUUUGACUAAAGCUGCUGCAGAUUCUUCUGUGGAAGAAAAUUUGGAUGAACCAGUCGAAAAACGGUGUAAAAACGAAGCUGAGCUUGAAGAUGCUUCGACGUCAUUCCAAGGGAGGACAUGGAAGACACCUUCAGAGCCGAUCGUUCGUCUUCGGAUCGAUCUAAGUGGUGGUUACGAAUCCUUCAGUUCACUUCGCUUUGGGCAACGUUUUAUCGGACGCGUUGCCAACCCCAAGGAUCUCAUUUCCUUCAAUCACAACCGUGAUAAACUGGCCGCGGCCCAUGCUAGACGCGCGUUGACAUCAGAUCUCAGUAAUCAGCCGGACACUGCCCCCGAUACGGACGAUUUAUAUGCGAGGAAGUUGGGCCUGGAUGUUAUAGAAGUGGAAAAGUUGAUCAUACAGUAUCUCCUCACUUCUGGCAAGCCAUCAGAUGUAAUGAGCAAGUCUUCCGCCGAUCAAACGAAUUUGGACCUAUUCACUGCCCUCGAGUUGAAUCGAAGCCUUCGUCAGUUCGUCGACAAAGAUUCUCGGGACGCCGUCCAGUCUUUGGUUGUGUCCAUACUGAAUUCCACAGUUGAGCACUUACGGUCGCGUAGUUCUUCGGAGGAGUACAUUGUACCCAAUAUCAUUUCAUUCCGCAAUUCUCGUAUCAGCUCUGACGAAGGCUUGGAUGACGUGAAAGAUGUUCUGCGGCCCGGCGGUAACCUAGAUCCUGAAGUUACAAUUUCUCAAAGUUCGAUUUCGAUAGAACCCAGAGCUCCACCAGAUGGUCACGACGAUAUCACCUGUUGGGCUCCGAAUGAUCGAAGAGCGGAGACUGUUUCUACUCGAAACACGGCCUCACCAAAACGCAGACCAUACCGACAGGCGCCGCGUUCUUCGAGGCUCCUUCACUCGACUAUAUUCUCGCAGGAUGACGACGCAACAGCUGAGGUUCUCUCCGCUAUAGAGGAUGGUGAUUCUCCCCCUGGACCGUCUGUUGCAUCUUUGGGUAGAAUGGAAAGCGGGAACUCACGGGCUUCCUUCGAUCUCUCAGCAUCUCGAGGACAAAAACGAGGUCGUGGUCGCGUGUCUCGAGCUCGUUCAGGAAUCAGCAAGCGGUAGCAACCUACCUCACUAGAGCACAAUUGCCCUAUCAUUUGACUGCGUGUGUCUGACGUUUCUGGCUUGGACGUAUCCAUCCGGCGGUUUUCCGCCUUUUUCUGCUGUUCGCCCAGAAGCAUUCUUUCGCAAUCGAUGCCGCUUCUAAUGUAUAUCUUACGAACAAGAUGAUGAUCGUUGUGAUGGUCGAAUCGCCCGGUUCUUUCGCUUUUACUUUUUUAUUUCCUCAAAAUCAUGCACCCAUUAUCACAAAACCAAUUCCAUUCGUUCU